AUGACUUCUUUGUAUAGCAUCAAAGGAAUUGCUAUAUUGGAUCAGGAUGGUAAUCGUAUCCUUGCUAAGUACUACGAUGACAAAGUAUUUCCAAGUGCAAAGGAGCAGAAAGCUUUUGAGAAAAGCUUGUUCCAGAAAACAUCCAAAGCAAAUGCCGAAAUAAUUUUAUUGGAUGGAAUGAUUUGCGUAUAUCGGAGCAAUGUUGAUCUAUUUUUCUACGUAAUGGGUGAUGCAGAUGAGAACGAAUUGAUCCUUGUUUCCGCUCUCAACUGUUUGUACGAUUCGAUCUCAUUAGUACUUCGAAAAAAUGUGGAAAAGAAGGCACUUAUCGAUGAUAUGGAUAUUGCUAUGUUGAUUAUCGAUGAAAUUUGUGAUAAUGGUGUUUUAAUGGAAACAGAACCCCAAGCUGUUGUAAGUCGUUGUGCCCUACGAACCGAUGAACUGACAUUUGGUGAUCAAAGCAUCUCUCAAGUGGGAAUGUCGGUACGCAUGUCUUAA